CGGUUGCUUUGUAAAAACGCCGCUCCGCUCCGGCUCGGAUCAUCAUGCUGUUUAUCUACAGGAAAUUUUGACGAGGCGAGGCUCCGGCCUGGUGUCCGACCGGCCCACGGUAGAGAAACCGGUAGAGAAAUGUAUCACCCGUGCACGGAGGAGGCGAGAGACACAAGUAUUAAAACCACUGUUAGCUGUGAGAGGAUUCACCGCCGCAGCGCGCUGCCGUGGAGUCGGGAUGAGACAUCGUUUCUCGUCUCUAGCCGAUAGGCUGUUGUUCUGGAGAAGUCCGCCCGAAGAAAGGAUCUUUUCAAACCCACAUGGUUGGUGAAGGCGUACGAGUCAAAACAAAUAAACCAUCAUGAUUCCCAUCACAGAGCUUCGGUACUUUGCCGACACCCAGCCAACAUACCGCAUCCUGAAGCCAUGGUGGGACGUUUUCACCGACUACAUCUCCAUCAUCAUGCUUAUGAUUGCAGUGUUCGGUGGGACGCUGCAGGUCACACAGGACAAGAUGAUCUGCCUGCCUUGCAAGUGGAUCCUCAACGACACUUGCCAUGCCAUGCCAAACACGACGGGCCCCUACCCACCAGAACCCAAAGGCAUUCAGUACGACCUGGACCGACAUCAGUACAACUACGUAGAUGCCGUCUGCUAUGAGAACAAACUGCACUGGUUUGCUAAAUAUUUCCCUUAUCUGGUGCUGCUCCACACCCUCAUCUUCCUGGCCUGCAGCAACUUCUGGUUCAAAUUCCCACGCACGAGCUCCAAACUGGAGCACUUUGUCUCCAUCCUACUAAAGUGCUUCGACUCACCGUGGACAACGAGAGCUUUGUCAGAGACUGUGGUGGAGGAGAGCGACCCCAAACCGGUGGGAAAAAUGAACGGUUCCAUGGACAAGAAGACCUCGAGUGUGAGCGAGGACGUCGAGGCCAGCGUGCCCAUGCUCCAGCGAACAAAGUCCAGAAUUGAACAGGGAAUUGUCGAUCGAUCUGACACUGGGGUUCUGGACAAAAAGGAAGGGGAGCAGGCCAAAGCACUUUUUGAGAAGGUGAAAAAGUUCAGGAUUCAUGUUGAGGAAGGAGAUAUAGUCUACCGCCUUUACAUUCGUCAGACCAUCAUUAAAGUAAUCAAGUUUAUUCUGAUAAUAAGCUACACGGGUUAUUAUGUUGGACAAAUCAGGUUCAGCGUGGUGUGUCCAGUGAACAUUGAGAAACUAACAGGCUAUCGCCUGUUUCAUUGCGCGCACCCAUUAGCAACGCUUUUCAAGAUCUUGGCCUGUUUUUACAUCAGCUUGGUUGUAGUUUAUGGUCUCAUCUGCAUGUACACUCUUUGUUGGAUGGUCAGACACUCCCUCAAACGGUACUCCUUUGAGUCGAUCCGCGAGGAGAGCAGUUAUAGUGACAUCCCUGACCUCAAGAACGACUUCGCCUUCAUGCUACACAUGAUAGAUCAGUAUGACCCUCUGUACUCGAAGCGCUUUGCCGUGUUCCUGUCAGAGGUCAGCGAGAACAAGCUGAGACAGCUGAACCUCAACAAUGAGUGGACAUUAGAGAAGCUGAGGCAGCGGAUCACCCAGAACUCCCAGGACAAACUGGAGCUGCAUCUCUUCAUGCUCAGCGGGAUCCCCGAGACAGUAUUCGAUCUGGUCGAGUUGGAGGUGCUGAAGUUGGAGCUGAUCCCAGAUGUGACCAUACCCCCCAUCAUUGCCCAGCUGUCCAGCCUGAGGGAGAUGUGGCUUUACCACACCCCAGCUAAAAUUGAAGCUCCGGCUCUGGCUUUCUUAAGGGAGAACCUUAAGUCCCUCCACAUCAAGUUCACAGACAUCAAGGAGAUUCCAUUGUGGAUCUACAGCUUGAAGAACCUCAGUGAGCUGCACCUGACUGGAAACCUGAGCGCUGAGAACAAUCGUUUUAUUGUGAUCGAUGGGCUCAGAGAGCUCAAAAGUCUGAAAGUGCUGCGUUUGAAAAGCAACCUGACCAAGCUUCCUCAGGUGGUCACCGACGUGGGCGUGCACCUUCAGAAGCUCUCCAUCAAUAACGAGGGCACCAAGCUGAUGGUGCUCAACAGCCUUAAGAAGAUGGUCAACCUGACAGAACUCGAGCUCAUUCGUUGUGAUCUCGAGCGCAUCCCACACUCCAUCUUCAGCUUGCACAACCUGCAGGAGAUCGACCUGAAGGACAACAACCUGAAGACGAUCGAGGAGAUCAUCAGCUUUCAGCACCUGCACCGCCUCGUGUGUCUGAAGCUCUGGUACAAUCAGAUCGCCUACAUUCCCAUCCAGAUCGGAACGCUCACCAACCUGGAGAGGCUUUAUCUGAACAGAAACAAGAUCGAGAAGAUUCCCAGCCAGCUUUUCUUCUGUCGCAAGCUGCGCUUCUUGGAUCUGAGCCACAACAAUCUGACGAGCAUCCACCCAGACGUAGGCUUCCUCCAGAACCUGCAGUAUUUUGCCGUGACAGCAAACAGGAUUGAGACUUUGCCCCCUGAGCUGUUCCAGUGCAAGAAGCUCCGCACCCUGAAUCUGGGAAACAACUGCUUGCAGACGCUGCCGUCGCGCUUCGGGGAACUCACCGGGCUGACCCAGCUGGAGCUGAGGGGGAACCGUCUUGAGUGCCUCCCCGUGGAGCUUGGCGAGUGCCGGCUGCUGAAGAAGAGUGGCCUGGUUGUGGAGGAAGACCUGUUCAACACGCUGCCAACGGAAGUCAAGGAGCACCUGUGGAGAGCUGAUAAGGAGCAAGUUUGAGCAAAAAAAAAAAAUGCUCACAGGGAUUAAAGCAAGAUGUAUCAGAGGCUUGUUGAAGCCUGGACAGCCGUAAAGAGAGAUGCAGCUGUGUUGACCGAGAAGGCAAAGAAACUGACUGCUUGUCUGCUUCAGAAGCAGGCAGGACGAUAAAAGUAAGAAUGUGGAAAAUCUACACAUUUGAUUGAUUAGGAAGCUUUUCCUGAUUACAAAGCUUGAGAGAUGCUGGAAGUUGCUGUUAAAUAUGCAUGCCAACAGUAGGAUCAGUCUGAAGGAAAACCCGUUCAUUGGACAACUUUGCACGACUCUGCUCUGCCAGUGAGGUAAAUGUGCUCCUUAUGAAUUAUUUUACGGAGUACAGGAUUCUUUCACAAAUAAAACAUGUUUAAAGCUGAAUUUGCCCAUCCCUCCUCUGGACUCUGGACAAGUUUGGCCUGUUUGGUUUCUUUUUUGUCCUUCAGGCUCUUUAUUCUCAGAGUGCUUGGAAGCAUCUUUUUAGGGGAACAAAACAACUCUGACCACAAACAAAUCAUGACACAGGUAAAGAGAACCAGUGGAAAAGAUUGCAAAGAAGUGGCUGAAAAAAAUGGGAACACAUUCUAUGACUAAACAUACCCUGCAGUUGUAAAUUCAAGCAUCAGCUCGUGGCAAGCUGUAACCUGCACAGAACGCUGUGGUACCAGCUCCGCUACUCGCCUCUGGCUCCGUUUUUACGCCGCCAAACACCAUCUUUGCUUAGGCAUGCAACAAAGAAAUAACAUGACUUAGAAUCAAAUAUCAUAAACGUUUUGUUGAUGUUUGACAUCGUUGGGGGAGGUAAAGUAUUAUUACGAUGUAACGUAAGAGAGGAAAGGAUGCUGGUGGGUUGGAUUCAGAGACACAUGGCAGCCGCAGACUGAACACUUCCUGUGAACGUCUGGAACAUAAACACAUAGUCAGAUAACUUAAGUGAGCUUGGUUCAUUUCAGAGCAUAUUUUGAAUAAAAUUACAAAAAUGUAACUAUAGAUUUAGCCAGAUGUUGAAUCAACCAUGUCCUUCCAACAGUUCUGCUUGUUUGUCAGAUAAAAACAUGAUGUCAUAAAAAAGUAUUUAAUGCUCCUACAGAUUUCUUCUGGGUUUGCUUUUUUGUCACAAUUAAAUGUUUGAGAUCAUCAAACAUAUCUUUAAUAUUAGACAAACAUAAACAAAAUGAAAGGCUGUUUUCAAAAGGGGAUUUAUUACUUUCCCACUGCUGUCCAAACCAGUGUGGCCCUAUGUAGAAAUCAAAUUCGCUGUGAUAAGGCCAUUUUCUUAGUUCAGUUUCACUCGCCAAGCACAGGCGUAAUUACUGUCUGUCCUAUUUAAAAAUGAAAUCAUUUAAAUAAAGCCCAACUUGAAAUGGGCUAAAAGAUGUCAAAAUGCAAUACAUGAUGCGCCGUUCUAAAGAAAUUCAAGAACUAACCAAAAGGGCACACAUAGAUCGCAGGCCUCGUGGGAAUUCUGAGUUGUCGCAUCAUGGUCUGACAAUGAUAAAAAGCUGGAUCCAGAUGGUUCUCCAAAUCACCAUCAAAAUCUAAUUUUUGGUUCCUUGUCUCAAUACGCACCUUGUCUGAAAAUUUCAUCCAAAUCCGUUCAUAAUAUUUGGAGAUAUUUUGUAAACCGACAGAAAAACGCUAAAACAUAACCUCCUUGGCGGAGGUAAAAAGAAACAAACUCAUGGGCUCAGAAGCUUUUUCAGAAGCUUUAGGACUCCAGCCAACCACAAUGAGAGCCAUCAUCCACUAAUGGAGAAAACGUAGAACAGUGCAGAACCUUCCAAGGAUUGGCCGGCAUACCAGAAUGACCUUAGGAGGGCUCUAACAUCCCAUCAUGAAGGUUAUAAAAGAACCAAGCACUAUAUCUGAAACACCGCAGUAUCCAUAAUUCAGUAAGAGGAUGGGCAAUUUUUCAACAGAACCAGGGUUUGGAUAGAGAUUUUUUUCCCUUAAUAAAUAAAAUCAUCAUUUGAAAACUGUGUUCUGUAUUUGCUUAGGUUAUCUUUGUCUUAUGAACAAAUAUGUUAAAUGAUCUGAAACAUUAAAGUGUGGCCUGAAACACAAAAAGAGAAGAGAUCUCUAAGGGGGCAAAUACAUUUUCCUGCCAAUGUGUGCUAAUCAUGCAAACCAUUAAGCAAGUUGAUUAACACCAAGGGUUACAUUUUAAAUCAAGAGAUCUUAGAAAUGUAUUUUUAGAAGAACUGAAGAUGUGAACAAGUGUGAAGGAGAGAGGAGUUGUCUGCAGUUCUUUUUCCAAGCAGACUUUCACUGUAUAGUGCUCUGGUUGCUCCAUUGAACCCCAGUGGACAUUUGUCACUAAUGUGCUCAUUCAUUCUUGAAGCCGUUGAGGAUUACAGGAAAUUGUAAAGUGAAGGGAACUGGUUUUGAUCGGAUUGGACAAGGGAAGCGUUUUUUUGUCGACCAAGAUUGUAGAGCGAGCAGUAUCCACCAUCCAUGCUCCAAAUUAGUGCAGCAUGCUUUGUCUGCUUGAAAUGCUUUUCCUGUUUAGGCUUGGGAAUUAAUAGCAUCGUGUGGAGCAAAUGUCUUAUGUCUUCUCCUGCCAAAUAUCUCUUAUUGCUAAUGUAGCCUUCCUUUUUUACCGGCUAUAUCCUGUUAGUAAUCACAAACAUCGUCAGGGGCUUUUAAUCUUGUGCCUCAUAACAUGUAGCUCAGAUAUUUAACGUUUUUUUAUAAUUUACAUCUGUUUUCUUUUUAUUUGUGCCUUUUUAAAGGUAUAGUUUGAAAUAGGCAUGGACUGAUAUGAGACUUUCCCAGGAUAACCUUGAGUGAAACAAAAUUAUCUCACAUGACCUCAUUUCUUUUACUUAAAACAGAAAAGAAACAUAUUCCUUUUGCUACAGAAUGAUAAAGAUAUUGCAAAGAUAUGUGAUUGUUAUCUGUAACAUAUUUGUUAUUUUCUUGUGUUACAACCCUUUAUUAGCUAUUUAAUCAGUCAGAUUAUCAAAUCGGGUAGCUAGUCUGCAGUCUGCUGCUUUACAGGCAUGCCCCUUAAAACAUGACCUUAUUAAGAGGCAUUGGUGGAGCUCCUUUAGUUUCCACACCAUGACUGUUUGUGCAUCAAAACAGUUGCUGCCUCCUUUCAGCCAGCUGAUUGGCAGUGCCCAGCAGCAUGUGGGGGAAGCGGUACUCCAUGCUCUUUACAGUUAAAGAAAAUUCAGGUCAAUCUAUAGCUGACUUUGGCAAAAUUCCUUUAAACCCCCAGAACAAUAAGACCGAACAUUUUAGUGGGUUCUUCUUCUUCUGCAUGUUUGCAGUGUCUCUUACAUGGGUUGUGUGCAUAAGGGACUUCUAUUUCCUUUCUUUCAACAAUGGCCAGUCUUCCUUUAAGGUCAGAUUUGUGACAAAUUACGAUGGAAUACACUGAAGUUUGUGGUUGCAACGUGACAGAGUGUGAAAAGGUUCAAGAGGCAUUUGUGUUUUUGCAAAGCAUUGUAUAUUGCAGGUAAAGAUGGAGGGCCUUUUUGGUGAAACCAUUGAAAUACAUGAAGUAGGAAUUUAUUCUAGAGCACAUAGACCUGUUUAGACAGUUGUGCUGUAGCUGACUAGGUACAGGGAGAGGCUGUUGGAGAUGUCUGAUGUCACUCCAGAGUAAAUCUGAUAUUUUAAGCGAUUGUUAAGGUACUGCAGUGCAGUCCCCGCUCCUGCAGCCUUCUGCAGAGUGUCAAAUUAAAAUGUAAUUGCAGCAUUCUUUGUCACCAAUGGUUUUGAUUUUAAUGUGCUGCUAUUAUGUAUCAAGUUGUCCCACAAUGUCUAAUCUAAAUUUCUUGCUCUGUCAAGAAUAUUUAGUCAGAAAUACUCUUCAGUGCUACGAAAUAGAAAACCUUGCCAGGACAUCACUUGCAGACGAUCAAGAUUUGAUCUAAUCAACAUGUCUGUAUAUUGAUAUUGGUGCAUGUUUUUGUUCCUCUGACCUCUAGAGCUAUGCUCAGCCAUCAUUUCAUCUCUGAGUCAUGCAUUUUACUCGCAGCGUGCUCUUUUUCCCCUUGUGUCAGCGUUUGGGAAUCAGGGGAAGGUCUGAGUUAAGGUCAAUCAGAUGCUUGUGGAAAGCCAGAAAUGGGAAGUUUUGGUGACUCACUACUUGGUUACAAGAAAACUCAAGCACUUAUGUUUAAUUUGUAUGGGCUUCCAGUUCCUAUUUAAACAGUUAUUUAAGUCAUGUAACAGAUUUGUUGUUGAUCUGUGCAAAUGUGCUAAAAUUGUUAAUAUAACGUCUGCCUUUUUUUGUGUAAAAUCUCAGAAAUGGUGCCCUGUGUGACUGUUCUGUAUGCGUAAGUAAUUUUGUUUGGGUGAAACAGCAUGGCGAGUGAGUGUUUACUUGACAGGUUUAGAUCCACAUUACCGUUACAGCAGACUGUCUGCAUUUUUAAAAUCUUUUUCUUAGACAGAUAUUCUGACAUGGCUGAACCGAACCAGAAUCAGCUCACGACAGUCUUAACUGGAAGCGGAAGGUGAUCUCUGCCUUCUGUGUUGACAUCUCUCAAUACCUAAAAUACAUUUUUGAAGAGGUCACAUUUUCAUUUUCAUUCCUCAUAAUUCCAGUAUUAACUUAUUAUUAAGAAAAUGUUUUGUUUUUUUAGUGCUGAACUGCCAUUUCAUUUAAUCUCCGGCUAUUUGUGUAUCUUUUAAAUACCUGAUUGUAUUUACUGACUGCAGUGAGUUUAUCUGUGUAUUCUGAUGCCUGAAUGUCAGGGACAUAGAAAAACUGUCGGUUUUUGUUUUUCUUCAUGUGACUUCUUAUUAAAGCAUUUGUUAAAUCCAAACUGAUGUGCUGUAUAGCCAUACUAAAAACAACAUAACUAACCCUUAGAAACCGCCUCUUUGAAUAUAAACUCCGAGCUGAAUGGACAGAGUUCUGUCUGGAUCUUACGUGACGACGCCUUUACAGUGACAGUUUUUGACAAGUGAAUGAAACACUGGCUUUUUAGGCGUCUGUAAUGGCGAGGUUCAGAUCCUACUUUUGUACACAUGAUAAUAAAAUGAACAGUUGACACUA